AUGGCUGCACCAUUCGAUACCAGUUCUCUGCAGGACUCCCUCAAUCUUCCAUUUCCUGCCAUCACUAAACAGGUUGCGGGGCUAGUCAAUGGCGUACAAACAGAUGUUGUGAUAAUGAGCUUCAGCGAUAAAAUCAUGGUCACAAUAUCGCAAGCAGGACGACUGGCGCAUUGGUUGCACGUACCGAUGGAAAAUCAGAAUCCAGGAACUGAAGGGAUGCACACACUCUCCGAGGGAGAUGAUGCUCUGCUGCCCCUUAAAACAUUGACGACCACGACACUGUUGGGAGGCUAUUCCUCUGGGCAAGACACAACUGGUCAGCUACUUGCUCGUCAAAUUGCUACAGCCAUUGCAAUGAAAACACCAACUGAAAGGAGACUACUGCUGGUUGGCCUUGGACUCGGGAAAAUUGGAGAGGAGAGAGAUUCAUUCUUUGCUAUUGUCGAUCUUGUUUUGCAAUGCCUCUAA